AUGGAAAAUAUAGCACCAGUUGGUAGUGCAGAGAGAUUUGAUGAUGAGAUUCUCCCAGAGGAAACCUGGAAUAUUAAUGAAUCAGGGGUUUCCAACGUUCAGUACAUAAAUGACUCUGGACCAAAGAGUCUAUCAGAGGACCUUUCAAAAGAUGAUGUUUUAGACGGUUCUGCUCUAAGGACUGGAGAAUGGACUGCGGAAAAUACACACAAGCUUGGCCAUCUGGGGGGCUUUUGGAGGACAGAUAGUUGGGAGAGUGUCAGCAGUAAUGCCAGCUUGUUCUCUCUGACAGAAAGGGUGGAAUUCAACCGUACCAACCUCAAACGAAUGCUGACAUCUUCUCAAUGCCAGUGUGGACCUGGUAUUGGCAUUGAAAGCCCGCCUCAGGAGAGUCUUGCACCAACCAGCUGCCAAUUCCAACCCAGCCCACUGGAUGACAGCUUCUCUGGGAACAAAUAUAUCAAGCAAGGCUGUGAGAUAGGUCAAAAUGACAGUGACUGGGAUUCAGGGAUUUCGCUACAGGAGUCUGAUCGCGGAAUGAGAGCCUUUGUGUCCUCCAAUCAGCUGCCACUGAGUCCCAGGCAUGAGUUGGCGAAACAGCUGCUGGAGAGAGCUCGGAUGAAGGCCCGAGCUAGUCCACUCAAGGCUGACCACAGCAUUUUGCCUGUAGUGAAGAGUUCUGUGGAAAUUGGCACUAAAGGUACCCCUUCACCAAAGAAGGGCCCUUUCUCCCGAGAAGAAUGUUCAUCAAGCACCCAAAACAGCUGCAACCUCAGUGACUCCUCCAGUGGUGAGUCGCGAUGCGGACUACGCAAGAAGCGAAGCCAGUCUCCAAGCCACGUAAGGUUUGAGGAUGAGUCCACCCAAGAGGCUGAAGUGCGCUACCAAUUACGCAGGAAAUGUGGCCUUGAGUCUUCAGUUCGGCAAAUCCCAAGGGGAUUGACACAAGAGCAUGGGCUUCCAUCCUAUGGGACUCCAGAGAAGGAGUAUGUGUUGAGAGCUGAGUCAAGGAAUUAUGGCAAACCUUUCCAUAAGAACACUGGAGUUAUUGGGAGCUGGAGUUGGAAAAGUGGACCAAAUCCGGUUGCCACCGGAGAGACUGGAGAAAAUCCACUUGGCAAGGCUAGCAGCCCUCAUUUCAACACAGCAAUCUGCAUUGAUGGGAAGUGUAGCUGUUGUGGCUCUUACAUCAUUUCAAGUACCAAAGCAAUUUGCCUUGACCCUCCUUCUUAUGAAUUUCCAGAUGCUAGUGUACUUCACCAAGGCAGGGAACCUCAAAGACCCAGUCAUCAUGAGCUCCCCAUGUCUAUUGCAAAGGAGGUCCAAAAUAACUUUGGUGUGGAGGCUCCAGAUGUUGGAGUAUUGCCUCCCAGAAUUGUACCUUGCUGGGUUCUCCCUUCACAGCACCGAAUCAGAAUUGAACCUAUAAAGGAAACAUAUAUAGGGGAGAUUACUUCCAUUGAUGAUGUAUCAGUAACUGAUGGUAAUACUACUAACACUGCUUUCGAAGAGAUGAAAGAUUGCAGAGAGCCUAAGAUCCCAAUGCACAGCUCUGCCACAAUGCCAGGGAGCAAUGAAGACUCUACAAACUGUAUUGAACUGAAUGCCAAAGGCACAGGUAUGUCAACUAAAUGCAUUGGGGAGAACAGUUUUGAAAAGGAACCAAGGAGAUCCAGGAUGUCCAAUUCUCGCUCAAUGAAUACAUCAUUUCCCACAAAGUUCGAAGAAAACACUUCUGAUCAAGAUCCUCUUCCCAAGAGACCAGUGAUCAACAAAGCCAACUUGACAAUCCUGUCCAACUCCCAACAAAACAAACUGCCACUAACGCAGAAGAAUAAUCCUUUAACAAACCUGGAUACCUGUCCUUCUCCUCAGUACAGGCUCAUUCAUUUAAAUCCAGAGGAGAAUGAUGGAAGACCAUCUAAUUCUCAGACUUUUCCAGAUAUGUCUUUGCUUCAAUCUCAACAGAGUCCCAGUGGUCCUAAUCAACAGUUGCCAAAUGGCCACACCAUUGGCAUAUCAGUCCCUUUAGCUAACCGCCCUUUGAGUUCUGCUAUUCAGUUGGUAAGGAAUAACAAUGGUGAUGAUCAAAGUUCAGAGGGCUACAGAUCAGAAGUUGGAAAAAACUCAGAAAUGUCCAAACAGAUAACAAAUAUAAGUGAUGGGCUAUUGUCUUCUGAGCAUAAGACAUCCAUCAAACUCACCGAAAACCAGAAUUGUCUUAUUGAUCCAACUCAUGCAACAGUCUCCUCAUCCAAGCAAAGUACUGAAAAACGGAAGGACAGAACAGAAAGUCAGUCUGCAACAGUGAAGACACAGCCCCAAGACAUCACUUCCAGUGGGGAGCCAGUGACACCUGUCCCGACCUUGGUCCAGGAAGAACACAACAGUUUGCCCAAACCUCCUCCACCAGCAGCCAGGGAUGGUGAACCACUGUUGCCUGGGAUUGGGGCAGUGCAAUGCGGAGACAAGCCCAUUCACAAUCCAGCCAGCAAGUCUUCAGAUGACAAUCAGCUGCCAUUCACCUCUCAGGGUAACUCUAGAACUCAGCACAUUACUGACAGCCAACACAAGUCUCGAUCCUUCAUGAAGGCCUUCUUUACAUCAAUUGGACAGAACACAGUCAGUAAACUGAACAGGCUCCGAUCGUCCAGUAUGGAGCAGAUUAACUGCCAAUCUACAGAGGCCAUGUCUGGGAAGCUGCGAUGUGAGAAGGCCAGAGGAAACCUGAGGAAGACUCCCUCUCUACAAUCACUACGGCUGGCAUCCCCAUUGGCCCAGUUGAGGAAAGCAUCAUCCAUACAAUUGCUUUACUCCCAGAAUAAGAAGAACCGUUGCAGCUCAUACCUGGUAGGGGAGAUGAUGGAGACUGGCUUAGGAAGCAGUGAGCCAAAGGCGACUGGCUGCAAGUCGUUAACUUCACUCAGUGUGGAAGACAUAGGAUCGCCCAAUCACCCAAGGUUUAUUGGCCAGGUAAUGGAGACAUUUGCUGAUGCCAGCUUCCUGCUUCAACUGUCCAAACCAGCUCAUGGACCUUUUGGGUUUUUCAUCUCUAGAUCUCAUGGCGGUAUAUUUAUUCACCAAAUGGCAGACAAGAAUGCUGAGAAAUUAUACUCUGGAUUACUGGAACCAGGGGAUGAAAUUUUGGAGGUCAAUGGGGAACGUGUGGAAGGUCUCAGUUUCAAUGAGGUCAACAAUCUGAUGUUACAGGACAACAGAGUGUCAAUUAGGGUCAGAAGACAUAAUGCAAACACACGACAAAAGGAACAUUGAUAGGAACAGCCACCGGCUCAUGGUUUAUUUGCACAGUCAAAGUACUUUCAAACGAUAAAGUUCUUUGGGAGUCGGCAUUGUAGUGCUUCAUGGGUAUCAGGCAGCAACAACAACAAAAACUGGCCCGGGCCACCUUAUCAAAGUCUGAGAUCCCAAACGGUAUCAAAAUUGAGCAUCCUUGCUACGUACAAUUUUGUUAAUCAGUCUCUAUCUGUUGCUCAAUUGCAAGAGCACUGAGUUGUAAAACUUGCAUUCUUGCAGGCAACUGAGUGACUUCUUUCCCUGACAUCUCAUUGUCUGAAACCCUGCUCAGUGUGUGCGUAGAUGCUGGUGUUUCUUUACGUGAACAAUUCCCUCUAAUUCUGAAUGAAUCUGGACAUUUAUUUUCACAGGCAGACCAAAGUACAGUCUCCAUUCUAUCAGUAAGGGGACACUGAGUUUGCCAAUCAAGCUUUCUGUCACGACAGAUUGGCAUUUGGAGGAAGGAGAAUCAAUUGCAUUGGAGAGGUUCAUAAACCAAUAAACUGAGAGUCUGAGCACGGCUUCGAUUGGGAUUAUAAUUCCUCCACAAGUUUCUUGAAAUUGUUUAACUAUAAAAUUAAUUGAGGCUUUACAGCCAGACCAAAGUACA